AUGACGAGCACCUCCAGCACUGUCACAUCCAUAACCGUGUCCAGCACGUCCCUUACAGGCACGAGUACCAGCAGCACUUCCAUCAGCACGACUUCAACGAGCAGGACAACACGAACCAGUACCAGCACAUCCAAGACAGCCACUUCCAGCUCUACCACCACAACUUCAAGCUCUAGUGCAACAACGUCGAGCACAUCCAGCUCAACAACAUCAAGCUCAAGCUCAACCUCGUCCACGUCGAGCACAACAAGCAGUAGCACGUCCAGCUCAAGUUCAUCCAGCUCCAGCACAACAGCGACCACGUCAUCCACAUCGAGUACAACCCUUUCGACGACGAGCACAUCCAGUAGCAGCACCAGCACGUCCACGACCAGCACAUCGAGCAGCAGCACGUCCACUUCCAGUUCUUCUAGCAGUACGACGAGCACAUCCAGCACAAGCACAUCAAGCACGAGCACAUCAAGCUCUACGAGUUCCAGCAGCAGCACCUCCACCUCCAGCACAUCCACAACAAGCACAUCCAGCAGCACCAGCAGUACUUCAACUACCAGCUCAUCCAGUUCGACGACGUCCAGCACGACCUCAUCCAGUUCAAGCAGUUCCAGCACCAGCACGUCAACCUCCAGCACAUCCACAACAAGCACAUCUAGCAGCACCACCAGCACAUCAAGCACCAGCACAUCAAGCACCAGCACAUCCAGCUCGACAACUUCAAGUACCAGCACGUCUAGUUCAACCAGUUCGAGCAGCACUACAUCAACCUCCAGCACAUCCACAACAAGCUCGUCCAGCAGUACCACCAGCACAUCGAGCACGAGCACAUCCAGUUCGUCAUCGUCAAGCACGAGCAGUUCCAGUUCCAGCACAUCAAGCACGAGUUCGAUCACGUCAUCUACAAGCUCUUCCUCUUCGAGCACAUCCAGCAGCAGUUCGACCACUUCUGUAUCCAGCACAUCCAGUACAAGUACGUCGAGCACCAGUACAAGCACUACCACUCCAGUACCAUCUUGUCGCAAGUACAUGGCUGGGGUGCCUCUUGUCCCGGGCGCAAACCAAGUGAUGACCUGCCAGGGUGCCCAAGCAAAUGAUUGGUGUCUGGCUGAUUCGAACACACACCCAGAAGGCCAUGCUUCCUGCGACGACUCCUCCACUGCCAAGCUUUUUUGUCCGAUUCGAGGGCAAAGCAACUCGAGCGACGAUUCCAUAAGCACAUGCCAAGCAUGUGCCACUGUGGUCGCUCAAGAUUGGGAUGAACAUGGCUACAAGCUUUUUGGUGAAAUUCGCUGGGGUCCUACGGCGGCCUGCCAGGCCAACGAGUCCUCCAUCGAGGGCUAUCGGGUGUGGUUUGUGGACGCGUGUGGUGUGAAACUGAAUCUGGUGGGCAGCGUCGGCACGAGACAACAGGAGUGGCAAUCCGAAAUGCUGGAAUGCUGUCAUCCAUCCUGGUAUUCAUUGGACCUCGGCGAUAUCGCAAUGCCGGAAGCCACCAUGGGCCUCACCAUCGUCCCGUAUCAGGGUGGGACUGAUUUGCCCGGACCGGUUCUGCCCAUCUUUAGACGUGUGUUGACGACCACGACCACAUCCACCAGCUUUACACUCACCACUACCACCACGGUUUCGAGUUCCACAUCGUCAACGACGAUUUCGUCCUCGACAAUAACGACCACACCAGGGGCAGCCACACUGGAUGGUUGCUGGGGGCUUUCUGUCUCUGAUGCUGCGACAGCGGCUGAUACCCCAGAGUUCCAGGAGGCAUUGCGGCAAGUGUUGGCAAGGGCUGCCGGACCGGAUGUGCUGCCGGAGUAUGUCGUUGAUAUGAAUCUUGCUGCUGGCCUUGGCUGCGAUGGCCGCUUGCUUUCAGGCCGUCGCCUGCAGCAAGCACUGCGCGUGGACUACCUCAUCGUCUUUCCAACGUCCCUUGGUCUAGAAGCAGCCAUCGUGCUUGCGGAGACAAGCCAAAAGGGAUUGGAGACGGUCUCGGUAGAGGCAACCUCCGCAUGGCUAAAGGAAGAAGUCGCUCAGGUGGAGGCUUUGCAAAACUUGGAGGUUGCCGUGGCAACCAAAAGUGUCGCUCUAAGCUUGUCAUUCGAAGCACAGCAGUUAAUGCCAGAAAGCAAUGCCGAUGGCAUGGCGAUUCGGGUCGUCGUCGGGUCCGUCGCGAUUCUCUUUCCGGCCUGCCUCCUCGUGCUCUCUUGGAGGUGUGGGAAGCGGCUGGUGCGAAGUGCAGCUAUUUCGCAAUCUGCCGACGUCAAACUGGCCGUGGAGGUUUACCCGGAAGUCGACAUCCAGGAUAUCCGACGCUCAAGCCUUAUGGACGACGAAGACUUCCGGUUAUCCGGAGAUGUGGAAGAGACUCCUAAUCAGGAUCUUGAGUGUCCGGCAUUGGCAAUAAAACCAAAGCGCUUGGUGCCAAAAGGCCGCGUCGCAAAGAAAGCCUUGGCUGUAGCAGUCCUCACGGAGAGGGCCAAUGAAAAGAGGCAGAAAGCUAAGCGCCUGGUCCCCAAGCAAAGAAAAGCCAAGAAGCAGCCAGAAGCCAUUGCCGAUGCCGCUGAGCCGAGCGAGAUCCAGAUUAGCUUCGAGCCAGCAUCCCAGAGCGGAAUUGGCAGGUUCGAUGACGACAACCUGCUGGAGCCACCCUCUUCCUGGCUGACCGACGACGAGGAGGAGGAGAUGGCCAUCUCCAGUGCGCUGGACUUGCAGCCGUCGCGCUCGGAGUCGGAGAGAGAGGUAAGUACGAGAGUUAAUGCCGAGUCAGCUCCACCAAAGCCCAAGAAGUUGAGAAAGCGAUCUGUGGCCAAAAAAGCAAAGAAAGCUGCAGCCGCAAAGGAGGCGCUCUUUGAGGGAUCGGAGGACGAGGUGGUGUCGGCACCAUCUUUGCCGUGGGACGAUGAUUCCGCCGUUAAUGCCCGCGCUCAAGUCGUGGCCAACAAAGAAGACCCCCAUGAAACAUGGUAA